CUUUAUUUUGUUCUGAAUUCUUCUUCUCUGUUUCCUCCUUCCUUCCUUUCGUUUUCUUUUUCACAUGUGUUUGCUUUUCUACUUAGUUUCCUUUCUCCCUCGAAGUUCUUUCUCUGAAUAAGCUUCAACAAUGGCUGACAUUACCCACCCGCCAAUGGAACAGCUUCAGGACCUCGAGUACUGCAUAGAUUCCAAUCCUCCAUGGGUGGAAACUAUCCUAUUAGCAUUUCAAAAUUAUAUAUUGAUGCUUGGCACAAGUGUGAUGAUCCCUUCAAUGCUUGUUCCAGCUAUGGGAGGAAGUUCUGGUGACAAGGCGCAAGUAAUACAGACACUGCUUUUUGUAGCCGGUAUUAACACACUUCUCCAAGCACUCUUUGGAACGAGACUUCCUGCUGUAGUUGGAGGCUCGUUUGCAUAUGUAAUUCCAAUUGCUUAUAUUAUUAGUGACUCGUCCUUGCAGCGAAUUAAUGAUCCUCAUGAAAGAUUUUUACAAACCAUGCGCGCUAUACAAGGAGCUCUAAUUGUGGCCUCUAGUAUUCAGAUAGUCCUCGGUUACAGCCAAAUAUGGGGUCUUUUCUCAAGAUUUUUCAGUCCUCUUGGCAUGGCACCUGUUGUUGGAUUGGUUGGAUUAGGGUUCAUUCAACGAGGAUUUCCUGCGUUGGGGAACUGUGUAGAAAUUGGCAUACCAAUGCUGUUGUUGAUUGUUGGGUUGUCACAAUAUCUAAAGCAUGUGAGACUGUAUAGAGACAUUCCUAUCUUUGAGCGUUUUCCUGUUUUGAUUUGUGUCACAAUUGUUUGGAUAUACUCUGUCAUCUUGACUGCCAGUGGAGCUUAUAGGCACAAAGCCACCAUAACACAGAACAGUUGUCGCACAGACAGAGCUAAUUUGAUAUCUACUGCACCAUGGUACCCUGAAAAACUAAUUUUGUAUAAUCGAUUUUCAUUUGUUUUGGCGAGUUCUAAGUUUACUUAUUUUCGUAAAUCUAAUAGGUUCAUGUUACCAUAUCCUCUCCAAUGGGGUCCACCCACUUUUUCUGCUGGUCAUUCAUUUGCAAUGAUGUCUGCAGUUAUUGUAUCAAUGGUGGAGUCAACUGGUGCAUACAAGGCAGCAUCUCGUUUGGCAAUUGCUACUCCACCUCCUGCUUAUGUGUUGAGUCGAGGCAUUGGUUGGCAGGGGAUUGGUAUCUUGCUUGACGGUCUCUAUGGAACUGGAACAGGUUCCACUGUAUCUGUGGAAAAUGUGGGACUCCUUGGUCUAACCCGUGUUGGAAGUCGCAGAGUUGUUCAAAUUUCAGCUGGUUUUAUGAUAUUUUUCUCUACUUUAGGAAAGUUUGGAGCUGUGUUUGCAUCCAUUCCCUUCCCGAUAUUUGCUGCAAUAUAUUGUGUUGUGUUUGGCCUUGUUGCUGCAGUUGGCAUAUCAUUUCUUCAGUUCACAAACAUGAACUCUAUGAGAAACCUUAUUAUCACCGGGCUCACACUGUUCCUCGGAAUAUCCGUCCCUCAUUUUUUCAAUCAAUAUUGGACCAGUUCACACCACGGUCCUGUUCAUACUAAUGCUGGAUGGUUCAAUGCUUUCUUGAACACCAUAUUCUCGUCGCCGGCAACGGUAGGUUUGAUCGUGGCAGUGUUCCUUGACAACACUCUUGAGGUUGAGAGGUCGAAGAAGGACCGAGGAAUGCCGUGGUGGGUGAAGUUUAGAACAUUUAGAGGUGACAACAGAAACGAAGAAUUCUAUACUUUGCCUUUUAAUCUCAACAGGUUCUUCCCUCCUACAUGAUGGAAAAUGAGAACCAGCCAAGGUAGUUUAGGUUUUCUUUGAGUUGCACAUUCCAGAAUUCGUUAUGACUAACAAAUGCUGUUCUUCCUUUAUCAACACCCGAUUUUUUUGUUGACCAUCUAAAACCUUGGUCCAGCAGAGGAUUGUAAAGCAUUUGGGACUAUGCUGUGUAGAUUCAAUAAAGUAAACUUUUCUCA